CGAUUAAGAAAUGUAUUUGAAAUGAAAUUGCCUACUACGCAAUUUAACGUAACGCACCCGUAGUCCGAUUAAGAGCUUUUGAGCUUUCUAGAACCGGCUGCAUGAUUUACGUUAAUUAGAUACGCAAUUUUGAAUGAUGUGGGGGAAUUGAAAAAUUCAAAAAGUGAGUAGUCAUUGAAAACAUGGCGGACGAUCAAGAUGGUGCGACAUGCGAAACUAACGAAAAUAAACCGAAAUUAAUCUCUUUAACGGUCAAAACCCCGAAGGAAAAGGAGGUUAUUGAGGUAUCCGAAGAUGUAACCGUCGCCGAGUUCAAAGAGUCAGUUUCGAAAAAGUUUAAUGCUGAUGUUGAACAAUUAUGCUUGAUUUUUGCUGGCAGAAUUCUUAAAGACGCUGAAACUUUGGUUUCGCAAAAUAUAAAAGAUGGCCUUACCAUACAUUUGGUUAUUAAAUCGAAUCCAAGAAGAACGGAACCUGCACCUGAUAGACCACCAGCUGAUAUAAGUCAAACCCCAUUUAGUUUGGGAAGUAUGGGUGGUUUAUCAGGUUUAGAUGCAUUAGGAUUAGGUUCAACAAACUUUAUGGAUUUACAAAGUCGUCUUCAAUCAGAACUGAUGGGAAAUCCUGAUUUAUUAAGACAAGUAUUGGAUAAUCCGCUUGUUCAACGCUUGUUAACCGACCCGGAAAAUAUGCGCGCUUUGAUAAUGAGUAAUCCUCAAAUGCAAGAAUUAAUAGACAGAAACCCGGAUAUUAAUCAUAUGUUAAAUAACCCGGAGUUAUUGCGUCAAACGAUGGAGUUGGCGAGAAACCCAUCGAUGCUUCAUGAAUUAAUGCGUACUCAUGAUAGGGCGUUGAGUAAUUUAGAGAGUAUACCGGGUGGAUACAACGCGCUACAGCGGAUGUAUCGGGAUAUUCAAGAGCCGAUGUUGAGUGCAGCUUCGGAACAAUUUUCUCGAAAUCCAUUUUCUGGGUUGGUGGAUAACAGUUCGACGAGUAAUCCACAACAAGGGACGGAGAAUCGAGAACCUCUCCCAAAUCCUUGGUCAGCAAAUCGACCGGAACCCACUGGAGGAGCUCCAUCCCAACCUCAACCACAACGAUCACCACCAAAUUUAAUGAAUCCGCCGAUGGCUAGCUUAUUACAACAAAUGACCGAAAAUCCGCAGCUUGUACAAAGUAUGCUCAACGCGCCGUACAUGCAAAAUAUGUUACAAUCGCUUGCUGCUAAUCCAUCGGUCGCUAACAACAUUCUUGCGCAAAAUCCUUUGUUUCAAGAUAAUCCCGCUAUGCAGGAACAAAUGAGAACAAUGAUGCCACAAUUUUUACAACAAUUACAAAAUCCUGAGGUUCAAAGUCUCAUUACAAACCCACAGGCCUUAAACGCAAUAAUGCAAAUUCAGCAAGGUAUGGAAACGUUACGCACCGCUGCUCCAGGAUUGGUGAAUACACUCUCACCAGGCAUAGCAGCAUCACCUUAUGGAGGAAUAACACCACCUAAUUCUACGGCACAAUCGCCUACAUCGACCGCUACGACGUUGCCUUCAACUCCAACUACAACAACCACCACCACAGCUGGAGGUGGUGGAGGAGGAGGAGGAGGGGGUGCUACUAACGACAGUUUUACGGAUUUUAUGGCGAGGAUGUUAGCUGGGAUGUCAGUGCAAGGUGAUAAUAAUUUACCACCUGAGCAGCGUUAUAGAACACAACUGGAACAGUUAACAGCGAUGGGUUUUGUGAAUAGAGAAGCUAACUUGCAGGCGUUAAUCGCGACGUUUGGCGAUAUUAACGCGGCAGUGGAGAGAUUAUUGGCGUUGGGGCAAAUGUCCACGACUUAACCGAGUUUAUAAAAUGCCACCACAGAGACGACACCUUCUUCUUAUUUCUCAAUUGCAUAUUAUUAUUCUCCCCAUUAAUAAUUACUGUAUAUUUUACUGCUGGUCGUCGCUGAUUGUAUAUUGAAAUAAUUCUGUUCUUUUUACAAAAAAAAACGAUAAAGAAAAAGAAAUUUUUGUAAAACCCAAAUCCCUCAUUUUCAACGUUGGAUAACGAUUGAAAUAAAAAAGAGGUUGGUUGAUGUAUUUAGAUAUAUUUCUAUAUAGAGUAACCCUCCGAGGACAACUCCUUAUAAUUUUUUUUAUUGUUUUACCUUUUUAUUGUAAUUUUAUUCAGUUUUAUGUGGGUAGCGGAAGUUGAUCCUGUUUAAUUUUUAUCAAGAAAAAGUGGUUUUAUGAAUACUAAAAAAAGAAAAAAAAAUGUUAAGUCAGCAAGUGAACUUAGGCUCUAGUUAUCUUUUUGUUGUAUUAAUAAUAAAAAAUAUGUUCAUUUAAUCGAAAAAAAAAUAAAUAAUAAAACUUA